AAAAACACACACUAACACACAAAGAAAACACACACAACUCUCUCUCUCUCUCUCUCUCUCUCUCUCUACUUUCUCACAGUCACAAUUUCAACGCAUAGUGAUAAGGGGAGUGAUGGUUAAGAUAGCAUCAUCAUCUAUGGCGAAGUUGAGCAUUCAUGAGUUGUGUGUCCUAAUAAUAAUAACAAGCUUUGCAAGUAUUGUCAUAUCCACCACCACUGAGUCCGUGAAACCCACAAAGAAAUCGGCUUUGUUCGUGUUCGGAGACUCGCUAUUCGAUCCAGGAAACAACCAGUACAUCAAUGGAAGCAAACCAGGUGCUUCCAGUUAUUACCCAUAUGGGCAAACCUUCUUCAAUCAUCCCACUGGUCGACUCAGCGAUGGUCGUAUUGUCCCUGAUUUCAUCGCACUGUUUGCAAAGCUGCCUAUGUUGACACCAUACCUGCAACCUGGUGGUGAGCAUGAUUUUACAGCCGGGACCAACUUUGCAUCAGCCGGUGCCUGUGCUCUUGAUGCACCUCAUCCUCAAAUGGCAGCCAUAGAUCUGAAUGAGCAAUUAAGCUAUUUUAAGAAGGUGGAGGAGUGGUUGAAGCAAAAGUUAGGAAAUGAAGAGGCCAAGAAAUUGCUAAAGAAAGCAGUUUACUUGUUCAGCAUUGGAGGCAAUGAUUACUUCACCCUUUCUUCAUCAUAUCCCAACAUAACUCUUUCCUACCAGAAAGAGUAUGUUGGGAUGGUGAUUGGCAACUUAACAAAUGUUCUCCAAGAAAUAUAUGAAAUGGGAGGAAGGAAAAUAGCAUUUCAGAAUGCAGGGCCGUUAGGGUGCACACCUGGCAAAAGAUUUGAACAUCUUGGCAGCUGUGACCAACUUGCCAUGUCACUUGCCACCCUACACAACACACUUCUUGCCCAAUCACUCAAGAAUUUAGAGAGCCACCUCCCUGGGUUCCAAUAUUCAAUUUUUGAUUACUACAAUGCACUUUAUGAUAGAAUUGCUAACCCAUCCAAAUAUGUGACUUUUGCGAAAUCUCAAAGACGAGCUGAGGAGGUGGCGGCCAUUGCACUUAAUAGUUUUUCAGAUUUUAUUGAUGCUCAGGCAAAUCUUUCCCCGCUGCCCCCUUUGGCUUCUUUGGCUGGCUGCCUCUGGCCGUGGGAGUAUACAAGCUAAACUUUGAUGGAGUGAUGGGUAGAGUGCAGCAUGUGUCGAGUCUAGGCGUAAUUGUUCGCAAUAAUUUGGGCCAGGGAAUGGCCUCUCUAUCUGAACAGGUGGGGCUGAUCUCGGAUGUGGAUUUCUUGGAGGCGGAAGCAGCGUUGCUAUUAUAGAUGAUGGAUGUGCUGAUUUUGUGCUGGCUGGAUUUGGUCCUGUUAUUAUGGAAAUUCGUCAAGUUUUGUCCUCGUUUCGCUCCUUCAUGGUAUGCCAUGUUCGAAGGACGGGGAAUGAGGUAGCUCAUCUGUUGGCAAGAUUGGCUAUCUCCAAUUCGGGUUUUCAUGUUUAGAGGGAAGAGAUUCCGCUUUCGGUCGCUCGGUUUGUCAUCUCGAUGAAAAAUAAUAAAAUUAAAAGAUUUUCUUGAGAA